AAAAAACAAAAAAAAAAAACUCCCCAUCACUGAGCCACAAACACCUGUGCGUCCUCUCCCGGCCUCUCCUGUCCAAGGUCAGUCCCACCCUCCACUCAGGAUAAGCACCUCAACCCCUAAUGUUAUCAUCCCCACAACCUGCCCAAGGUCAUGCCCUGCAGCACUGCUGAGGAAAAGAAAGGAUCAGGCAUCUAAAGGUUCAUCCUAAGUGACCUGGUUAGGUACUGUGGAGGCCAAGGCAACUUCAUCUUGGAAGCUCAUCCGUCAUGUUGGUUCUGAUUAACCCGGGUUUCAGGAAGCUCCCUAAGAUUUCCAGCAUAUCCACUGUUCCUUGUGUAAGAUCACAUACUUACUAUACAUCUUGCCCUUGGGUCAAAACAAAUCUGAUGUUAUCAUACUUCACUUGUCCUACACAUCCCUUCUGAAGCACAUGCACCCUCUCCCUGUGGUAUAUAAGCCCUGGGUCUGGGGGCCUAUAAGGUCUAUGGAUGUGCUUUGGUCAAAGAAUAGGCUGAGGCAGACAUCCAGGACAGAGUGACUCAGUGAGUUUAGGGCACAGGAGCAUAUUCCACUUGUUAUGUAACCUGUUCAAGUUCAUACUUGGCUCUGGGCCAGUGUUGUCCAUAGAAGGUAUAACUGCCCUGCUGUGCAUGGGGCUUGGUUCAGUGCAGCAAGGCAUUGCAUGGCACAGUUCGUGCACGUGCCCAGAGAGGGAAUAACACUACUAACUCCUAUAAGGGAGAGCCGGUCUCCUUGAAGGUGGGCAGGGGGAACCAGGAACUGGCUUGUGCCUAAGGGGAAAGAGUUAAGCUGCUGACCCUGACAGAGCUGGCCUUGCAGGCCAGGGAUUACAGCUGCAGACAUAGGGGCAGCAGGAGCCUCAGAGCCAGCUGUUGAGAGGAGCCACAGUGCUGGAGCAGAUGGCCAAGAUCAAGGUGGACAGUGAGAGAGCCAGUGUGAGUAAGCUGCUGAUGAGAGAGCUGCUGAAUAAAACUAUGUAUCACCUGCCUACAGCCCCAAACUGUUCUUUCAGCUCUUCGCCCAUCCACCCACUCCCCUCAGACCUCAGCUGUGGCUGAAACCUGACAAGGGCGUAGUCAUGGCAUAACAAGGGUCAUGGCUCAGGGAUCCACCAUCUGGUGUCACAGCCACCCAAGCUAUUUAAAUCCCUAUUAAAUGUUUCUUUCUAAGAAGCUGGACUUGACAGCCUCUUCCUCUGGCCUCUCAGCUUCCUAAGACUUUGGGGGCAGGUUUGCAGGGGCCUGCCCCAUGUGAAACAGCUAAAUUAUGCUGUCUCCAAUCUGUAUCACCCUUGGCAGCUGACAAGGGUGAGGAAAUUCUCUGAGCACUGAGAUGAAAUAGCCUCGAAGUGGAAAAUGAAAGGUUCAGAACAUUGUGUCCACUGUGCUACCAUUUGUGGUGGGGCAGGGGAGAAGAGAGAGUAUUUGCUACCAUAUUUAUAUUUGCAUACACAUUGCAUAGACACGUAUGCAUAGACUGUCUCUUGAAGGACACACAAGAAACUGGUAACACUGGACACUUCCAUGCAGAGGAACUGGAUGGCCGGAAGUAGGAAAGACUUUUCAUGUAUGUGUGUGUAUAAAUAUGUGUAUCUACACAUAUACAUGAGUUGCCGAUGCCCCCCUCCACUUCCACCCCCAGAGCCUGGAAGAGAAUUUUCUGGCGGCAGAUCCUACUUGCACUUGGCCUCUUAGGCCUGUUCCUGUGUGGCCUCCCUAAAUUCAGACAUCUGGAAACCUUCAUCCCCAUGGGUGUCUGUCCUUCAGCCACAGUGUCGCUGCUGAGAGACAACUUCACAGGUGCCCUGCAUCCCUGGGCCCGGCCUGAAGUUCUGACCUGCACCCCCUGGGGGGCUCCCAUUAUUUGGGAUGGCACUUUUGACCCAGAUGUGGCCCAGCAAGAGGCUAGUCAGCAGAACCUCACCAUUGGGCUGACUGUCUUUGCUGUAGGCAGGUACCUGGAGAAGUACCUGGAGCGCUUCCUGGAGACUGCGGAGCAGCACUUCAUGGUGGGCCAGCGCGUGGUGUACUACGUGUUUACCGAGCGGCCAGGCGCUGUGCCCCGCGUGGCGCUGGGCCCAGACCGGCGGCUGCGCGUGGAGCGCGUGGUGCGCGAGCGGCGCUGGCAGGACGUGUCGAUGGCGCGCAUGCGCACGCUGCACGCGGCGCUGGGCGGGUGGCUGGGCCGCGAGGCGCACUUCGUGUUCUGCAUGGACAUAGACCAGCACUUCAGCGGCGCGUUCGGGCCUGAGGCGCUGGCCGAGUCGGUGGCGCAGCUGCACUCCUGGCACUACCACUGGCCGCGGUGGCUACUGCCCUUCGAGCGCGACGCGCGCUCGGCCGCCGCGCUGACGCGGGGCGAGGGCGACUUCUACUACCAUGCGGCGGUGUUCGGGGGCAGCGUGGCGGCGCUGCGCGGGCUGACGGCACACUGUGCGCUGGGCCUGGCUUGGGACCGCGCGCGGGGUCUGGAGGCGCGCUGGCACGACGAGAGCCACCUCAACAAGUUCUUCUGGCUGCACAAGCCCGCCAAGGUGCUGUCGCCCGAGUUCUGCUGGAGCCCCGACAUUGGCCCGCGGGCCGAGAUCCGCCGCCCGCGCCUGCUCUGGGCACCCAAGGAGUACCGGCUGCUGCGGGACUAGCGCCGCCGUCCGCCCUCCGGCCCCUCCGCGGGCCCAGCCGGCCAGGUCC